CUGGGCAUUUGGCUCUGUGACGACGACUUCCCUGACGAUGAAUCGCGCCAGGUGGAUCUGGGCGGCGGCCUGAAGCCUCCUGGCUACUACGUACAGCGCUCGUGCGGCCUCUUCCCCGCCCCCUUCCCCCAGGACAGCGACCAGCUGGACCGCAUCACCAAGCUCUUCCUCUUCCUGGGCAUCUUCCUGGCCAAGUGCAUACAGGACAACCGGCUGGUGGACCUGCCCAUCUCCCAGCCGUUCUUCAAGCUGCUUUGCAUGGGCGACAUUAAGAGCAACAUGAGCAAGCUGUUGUACCACUCCCGCAGUGGCCUCAGCACCAGCACCACCACCACCACCAUAGACUCCACGCUCAGCGAGCGCCACUUCCUGUCCGAGAUCCAGUCGGAGACGUCCACGGAGGAGGGCCCGGACUGCUACUCCGUGGGCAGCUUCGACGAGGACUCCAAGUGCGAGUUCAUCCUGGACCCGCCUAAGCCCAAGCCACCGGCCUGGUACCACGGCCUGCUGACGUGGGACGACUUUGAGCUGGUGAACCCGCACCGGGCACACUUCCUGCGCGAGAUCAAGGAGCUGGCCGUCAAGAGGAGGCUGCUCCUGACCAGCAAGACGCUGAGCGAGGACGAAAAGAACACGAGGCUGCAGGACCUCAUGCUCAGGAACCCCAUGGGCUCCGGGCCCCCAGUCUGCGUGGAGGACCUCGGGUUAAAUUUCCAGUUCUGUCCCUCAUCCAAAGUACAUGGCUUCGCGGCUGUGGACCUCAAGCCCAACGGAGAGGACGAGAUGGUGACCAUGGAGAACGCGGAGGAGUACGUGGAGCUGGUGUUUGACUUCUGCAUGCACAGGGGCAUUCAGAAGCAGAUGGAGGCAUUUAGAGAGGGCUUUAACAGGGUCUUCCCCAUGGAGAAGCUGAGCUCUUUCAGUCAUAAGGAGGUGCAGAUGAUCCUGUGUGGGAACCAGUCUCCAUCCUGGACGUCUGAAGACGUGGUGAACUACACUGAACCCAAACUGGGCUACACAAGAGAUAGCCCUGGCUUUCUGCGCUUUGUGCGGGUGCUGUGCGGGAUGUCCUCCGACGAGAGGAAGGCCUUCCUGCAGUUCACCACAGGCUGCUCCACUCUCCCCCCGGGCGGCCUCGCCAACCUCCACCCACGCCUCACUAUCGUCCGCAAGGUGGACGCCACUGAUGCCAGCUACCCCUCUGUUAACACGUGUGUGCACUACCUGAAGCUGCCAGAGUACUCCUCUGAGGACAUCAUGAGGGAACGCCUCUUGGCCGCCACCAUGGAAAAGGGCUUCCACCUCAACUGAGCAUGCUCGGCCCUGCCCUGCCCCUCUCCAGCCCCUCCCCCGUUUAACACAUGACUGACUGACUCCCCCUGCUGGUGAAGCCUGUUGUGUUUUGUCGCAGAAAACAAACAAACAAACAAACAAACAAACAAAAAAAAAGCAGCUCUGCUCUCUAAUGAUAUUUACUGCUCUCCCACCAAGCCCUGUUCCCCCUCCCUUCCUCUUCCUCAUGGCCCUUGGUGAAGAAGAAAAAGAAAAAAAACUUCAAGGAAAACAGCUCCAUGUUUGACUUUACUAGCUACUGAUACCGAAGGGGUCCUUCCCCCCCUAACAGACACACACACAUACACACAUGGCGCCAACACUCUCACGCACUCACACCCAUAUGCUGUUUCUCUGGCACAGGGCUGCCCAAGGGCUUGAGUGACAGGUGGCCUGGCCACGCCCUCUGCUGCUGUGUUGGUUCUCAUUCUCUGGCUGUGAGCAUCUGUGUAAAGUUCAACCUAGUUUAAUUUUUUCUGCCCCCAAGGUUUUUUUUUUUUUCCCUCCAUUUUCCCUUUUUUUCUUUUUCUCCCCUCUUCUUGCUGCCACUGUUCUGACAGCAUUUCUCUUCAUCACUCUCUCUCUCCCUCAGAGCUCAGUUGGUCCGUUUGACUGGGGGGGGGGGGGGGACCAGUGAGACACCUGCUUCUGUAGAGCUGAUACUACCGUGUUUGGGCAUUCCGCCACCCCAACCGCCCCCAUUAACAAGUUUUAAGUUUUACUAGUGCCUGCAUUGUUUGAACUGUUAGGAUUUUGUUUUCUCUUCUUUUUUUUCGUUUUACUUAAUCUUACGGCAUACAAUCAUGCAAAAGCUUACCCCCCUCCCCCCUCCGUAUUUGUUUAGCUUUUGUUACUGUGUGAGUAUGUUUUGAUUGUUCAUUGCCCAGCUACAAGGAUCAAAGUCCCUGAGUGCAUUUGUGUAAUUUUACAAUAAAGCUAGAGACAAAAAAAACACUGGUUCUGUGUGCAAGGCACAUUUAAGACAAAAGAAGCAAGCUAUGCUUUCCCUUGUAUUUUCUUUGUAUAUUAUAAACAUUUAUUUAACUCAAGUUGCAGUUUGAAGUAAACAAAUAUUUUCAAAUGUGUAUGCUCCGAAAAAAAAAUCAUUAAAAAUGUUUGCAAAGUA